UGGUCCGUACUAGUCGUUGGUCUUUGCUGACGUGUCUCUUCCUUCUCGCGAUACAGAAAUUCCAGAGUCACCACCACCACCAUCAUCGCCAUGCCCAAAUCUCUGAAUCUUUCCCAAGAAACCCUAACCCUAACUCCAAAUCUACGCUCACUCAUUCUCUAAUCUCCUCAGAGAAGUCCUAAAGCUCUGACUCCUUCCUUUUCUUUCUUUUUUUAUUUUUAUUUUUUGCAUGGUUUGAGCUCUUGAUGCCAUUCAAUCUCUCCAUAUAAUUUAUCUGAUGAACAUUUCUUAGGGUUCUGAUAACUGUCUUGUUCCAAAUUUGGGAUCUAAGUGGGUGAGAAUGUCGAAUCUGUAUGGAGAUUUCAACCAAAAGAUUGAUUAUGUGUUCAAGGUUGUGUUGAUAGGAGACUCCGCGGUUGGGAAAUCGCAACUCCUGGCUCGGUUCGCGAGGAAUGAAUUCAAUGUGGAUUCAAAAGCAACAAUUGGGGUUGAAUUUCAAACAAAAACGCUUGCUAUAGAUCAAAAGGCGGUGAAGGCACAGAUAUGGGACACCGCCGGGCAGGAAAGGUACCGAGCAGUGACGAGUGCAUACUACCGUGGUGCAGUUGGUGCAAUGUUAGUCUAUGACAUGACGAAACGCCAAUCAUUUGACCACAUGGCUAGGUGGCUAGAGGAACUGAGGGGGCAUGCAGAUAAGAACAUUGUGAUCAUGCUCAUUGGCAACAAGUCAGAUUUGGGGAGUCUUCGAGCAGUACCAACUGAAGAUGCACAAGAGUUUGCAGAAAGAGAGAAUCUCUUCUUCAUGGAAACAUCGGCUCUAGAGGCAACCAAUGUUGAGACUGCAUUCCUGACUGUCCUAACUGAUAUAUACAAGAUCAUCAGCAAGAAGACCCUCACUGCCAACACUGACACAGACUCCACUGGGAGCUCAACCCUUCUUAAGGGGACCAAGAUUGUUGUCCCUGGGGGUCCUGAUUCUGCUGCUCAGAAAGGUGGCUGCUGUGGGUCAUAAUCUUCAUUUUCCUCAUCCUCUCAAAAUAUGUUGUUGAUUUAGGCUCCAGACUCCAUUUGUUUCUAGAAGAAAAACUUCAAAUCCUGUAAAGAGACCAUUGACAUUUUCUUUUGAAUAUGUAUAUGUUUUACUGAA